AUGCAAGCGGGUAUCCUCCAUGCUGCCGAGAACAAGGACUGGAAGACUGCAUUCAGUUACUUUUACGAAGCAUUUGAGGGAUUCGAUUCUUGCGACCUUAAGAAAAAGGCUGUUCAGAAUCUAAGAUACAUGAUUAUGUGCAAAAUCAUGAACAACAACGAGGAAGAAGUGUCGAAUCUGCUCACAGCUAAGCUAGCAAUCAAAUACAAGGGUCCGGAAAUUGAAGCAAUGAAGGACAUUUGCAAAGCCUCCGCUGACCGUGAUGUUCAUAAACUCGAAGCCGCAUUUGUCAAAUAUCAGCCGCAGCUCAGCGACGACACAGUUAUACAGGAACACUUCGAAAGUCUGAAGUCCAAUCUCCUCGAAAAGAAUUUAAAACGACUGAUCGAACCGUACUCCCGUGUGGAAAUUUCCAAAAUCGCCAAGCUUAUCGACCUAGACGAACUCGAAAUCGAGCGAAAACUUUCUCAAAUGAUCUUGGAUAAGAAGCUAAUUGGUAUUUUGUCCCAAGAAGAUCGUGCUCUUCAAAUCUUCGAACCAUCAGAAUCGGAUAAAGUUUAUGAGGACUCUUUGGAAAUGAUCGGUGCUCUGGAAGACGUCGUUGCAUCUCUCUACAAAAAGCUGAAAAAUUGA